GGCUCUCAAAUCAUUCAUAAUUGUCUAGGAAGUAUAAAAAGAUUAUUGUCUUCAUCAUCGAUGAAUCAGGAAAGAGCACAGUAAACAUAAGAAACAUACAACUUAAUAAAAAAAAUGAUACUUUUGGCUUCCCAUACUUAAACCCCAACUUUAAACCUGAGUUUAAGUUAAACCCGACUUCAGAAUACGGGCCAAUGUUUUAAAAAUAGUUAGCAAUGAUGACAGCCAGUCAGUAGACCAGUUGGCUCUCAUCUGAUGGGGAAGAGUCUGUCUUGAAGAGAGAGUAGUAUAAGAGCUAUAUCAACAUUUUACAAAUUGCACAUGGUCCGUUAGAUCAACAUCUGCUAUCUCAUCGACUUCCACAGUCGUCUUAACGAAACAAAGAACUAUCACACAACAUCAUCUUCGUCACCGUCACCGCCGUCAUCGUCAUCGUCGUCACAGCUGUCAUCGUCGUCGUCGUCAUCAUAAUCGCAUAUUUGCCGUUUGUAUUCGUCAUCGCAUUUUUUGGAAACGAUAUUUUUAUCACCAAGAGAGGCUAGCAUCCGAUGUGAAGGGGAUACGUCAAAAUGAGGCACAUCAUGUGGAUACCCGGGCUCAUCCUUCUGAGCGGAAUUAGUUCAUUUGAGGCCAGAGGAAGAAACACCUUCACAGCAUUCAACGAUUCUACACAAGGUGCAACAAUGUUUCCUUCAACUGAUGGCAACGUCUACCAAUAUGAUCAUAUUAUAACCUCAGAUUCUACCUUUUCGGAUGGAACACUGACCUUAACAACAGAGAUGAUGACUACCAUGGAAGCAGAAUCUGCAUUGAUCGAUACCAUGGGCGAUCGGUCCAUUGGUUGGUCCUGGUACCCUGUCACGUGGUCAUGGUGGACCAUAAUGCAGCUGGUUUCCGCCAUUGUCGGUAUCCUCGGUAACGGCCUUGUGAUACUGGUCCUCUUCCAGCGGAGAAAGAAGAGUCGUUCAACGGAUACCUUGGUGAGUGCACUGGCCGUAGCUGACUUCCUGACGUCUGUUGUGAUUAUUCCGGUUCCUCAAGCGGCCACAUUUCCCUCUACAUUCCUUGGCGAGUUCUACUGCAGGAUUAUAUCUAACGACUUGAUGUGGUUCUUCAUCCUUGGUUCGAUCAACACGUUAGUGGCCAUUUCCAUCGAACGAUACAUAGCUAUUAUCUAUCCUAUAUAUUUCAAACGUGCCGUCACUCGCCGCAGGGUUUCUGUAGCCAUUGUUCUCAUCUGGGUCAUCACAAUUCUCUGCAGCAUAUUUGUAGUUUUCAUCUUCAAGGUGGACGACACUUCCGGUCGUUGCGUCCUGAACCAUCCCUUCCCUGAGGGCUUCUACAUAUUGGGUGUGUUCUUGUUUCUAAUCCACCUGGUCUUUCCGGCAACCACCAUGUUGGUGACCCAGGUCAUUAUUGCCAGAAGGCUUUACCACCAAUCGCUUCUCUUUAGGAAAGAUAAUGAAUCGACGUUCCACAUCACAGCCAGACGUCGCGUCGUCAAAACCAUGGCAAUUGUCGUUACGAUCUACAUCAUCUGUUGGGGUCCAAGUCAAAUAGCGUUUAUUUUAUUCAGUUUUGGCGUGUUACCACGUUCAUUUCUAGGUACCAGUUGGUACUACAUCACCAAUACCAUGGGGUUCUUUAACUCCUGUUUGAAUCCUAUUAUCUAUGCGGCACGCUUUAAAGAGUUUCGCGUGGCUGUGAAGGAUAUGAUAACCUGCCAGUCGGCCAACAGAGCCCCGAUAUUUGAUCAGGAAACUGCAAGCAUGCCUGCAAACUCUAAACCGGCUCAACAAGCUUAAAGAAGUGAAGUGAAAGAAUACGCAUCCGGACGAUUUAGGCAGCGUAUGUUGAUAUACGUAUGGCAAACCGUUUAAUUAUCUCAUCCUAUACCUUGAUUUCGAGAAUUGACAUUUUUUUUACAAAGUAUUUCGUAAUAUAGGGACAAAAUACUGACAUUAAGAAUUCUUUUCUGAUUGUCAAUAAUUCGAAUCAUCGGUAUCAAGAAUUUAUUUUGUUAUCAAGAAUUAUAAAAUAAGUUAAAAAACCACUUGUCAUCAGUAUGUCGGCAAAAGACUCGGGCUGAUUCGUUUAGGUGUAACAGCCCUUCAACAUGAUCCUGUAGUAUCGAUAGUCAGUUUCGAGAGCAGUAAUUUAGUCACAUCAUUCACAUUCUUUGGUCCUCGUUAAUAUUAUAUUCACAGUUUAUCUUAGUGAAAAUGUGUCAAAUUAAAAUGAUCAUAAUCGUUAUUCUGUAAGAAACAUUGACGGCUUUUGUAGGGUUAGGGCGACACCUACCCUUUUCCUACAAUAUUUUGGCCCCGUCAAAGUCCUCAAGUAGGCCCUAUAUCAAUUAACAUGAAUCGUGAACAUGAUAAAUGUAUAGAAUAAUUUGCAACAUCUCCGACAGUUCGUCAGCAUGUCGCAAUGGGAUGAUCCCUGUGCUUUCAACAUGUUUAAUAAAAAAUGUGCACGUUCGAACCCCAUUAUGAGCAAAACCUUACGUUUUGUUUAAAAUUAAAAACAAAAGUCCAAAAAUGUGUAGCCUGAAUAAAAGUGUUCAAAGCGGGUACGGAAAUCCUAUGGAAUGAAAAAGUCAUAUGAAAUAAGAGAUCGCAGACCGACCAGCGGCGUAACAGGGGUCGGUGGCCAGGGGGGGGGGGUGCAAGAGCCAAAAAUUUCCCGGUCAUACCAUGGUAUGAACAGGCGUAAUGGUGUAAUGAGGCGACUAUUUUAAGAAGGCCAGAUAUUGCGUAUCGGGCAGAAUUUAUCUUUAAAAAAAGUUGCGAGCGAGCGAAGCGAGCGAGCAAAAAUUUUGACCUUUUUAAUACAAAAAUCAAAUUUUGUGAUAGAUUUUGACAUGAUAUCAAGAGAAUGAUAUAUUUCACUCCUCUCUCUAUAGAUUCCUUUAUUUUGUGGUCUGUACGCCACUGUAAACAGGAUUCUUUGCGGCAGUAGCGUGAAGAGU